GGUUAAUCCUGGCCAAAGGGAAACUUUGGUCACGUGAAGUCAACUAGUUUUUCAUUUCCGCAAAUUAGGCGUAAACACUAAAACAGUAAACACAGCCUGCUAAAAUGAAGAAAAAGGUGUUAUUGAUGGGUAAAAGUGGAUCUGGUAAGACUAGUAUGAGAUCUAUUAUAUUUGCUAAUUAUAUUGCCAGAGAUACUAGAAGAUUAGGCGCCACAAUUGAUGUUGAACAUUCUCAUGUUCGUUUCCUUGGUAACCUGGUGUUAAAUCUUUGGGAUUGUGGAGGACAAGAAGCUUUUAUGGAGAAUUAUUUUGCAAGUCAGAGAGAUAAUAUUUUCCGUAAUGUCGAAGUACUUAUUUAUGUGUUUGAUGUUGAAAGUCGAGAAUUAGAAAAAGACAUCCAUUAUUAUCAAUCAUGUCUAGAAGCCAUUUUAGAAAAUUCACCAGAUGCUAAGGUUUUUGCUUUGAUUCAUAAAAUGGAUUUGGUUCAAGAUGAUCAGAGAGAUAGGAUAUUUAAAGAGAGGGAAGAGGAUUUAAAGAGAUUAUCAAAACCAUUAGACUGUACCUGUUUUGCUACAUCUAUUUGGGAUGAAACACUAUAUAAGGCUUGGUCAUCAAUAGUAUAUCAGUUAAUACCCAACGUACAAAAAUUAGAAUCAAAUCUGGCAUCAUUUGGUAAUACUAUUGAUGCAGAUGAAGUUUUAUUAUUUGAAAGAGCUACAUUUCUGGUGAUAUCACACUGUGAACGACGACCCCAUCAAGAUAUCCACCGGUUUGAGAAGAUCAGUAAUAUUAUAAAACAGUUUAAACUCAGCUGUAGUAAAUUAGCUGCAGCUUUCCAAUCAAUGGAGGUUCGAAACUCUGCGUUUACUGCUUUUGUUGAUGUCUUCACAUCCAACACAUUUGUGAUGGUCAUUAUGUCUGACAAAACUAUACCAUCAGCUGCAACUCUGUUAAAUAUUAAAAAUGCUCGAAAAUAUUUUGAAACGCUGGAGAGGGUUGAUCAACAAUGGAUGAAAAAGUGAACGGAAAGAAAAGAUGGAUCAACAAUGGAUGAAAAAGUGAACAGAAAGAAAACAUGGAUCAAUAAUGGAUGUAAAAGUGAACAGAAAGAACACUUGCCCAGAGAUUUGUUAAGCCCAUAUUGCAAGCUUAUUUGUAAAUUCACUCAAAAUACAGAUUACCGGUACUUUGCCUACCGGUAGCAAAGUCAAUUAACUUUUGAUGAAGUUUUACAAACAAAUCGUUAUUGUAAAAAUCAAAUUAUGUCGAUACAAAAAUCAUGGAAAAUUUAAAUGAUGAAUAAAACAUGAAAUCCUUGAAAAAUACACCCAAGUAUAUAUGAUUAUAACAAUCUCUUAAUAACUAUAAUGAUUAAAAUUCUUUGAAAAGUAUUUAUAGACCGAUUGUGAUUUAACUUCUAAAAUGUGAAGACAAUUUGUCCAUGCACCACUCAACAUGUAUGCACAAAAUAUCCCACCAGUGAUUUUUAAUUGUCCCCCGCCUUUCAAAGAAAGUAGGGGACUAUUAAAAUGGGUUUGUUCGUCUGUCUUUCCGUCACACUUUUUAGGACACAAUAACUCUCUAAUUGAGCUAGAAUGUUCAAACUUGGUGAAGGUGUUUAUUAGGUCUUGAUGGAGUUCAAAGAUCAGCAUUUUCUGCUUAGGGUAAGCAGAGAUAAGCAAUUUGAUUGGUUGAUGCUUUGGGACACGAUAACUUUAGUUCUAAUUAAGUGAGAGUGAUGAAACUUGGUGUAUAGUUUCAUUACAUCAAUACCUUGACUAAGUUUGAUAAUGAGCGUUUUCUGCUCAGGGUAAGCAAUUUGAUUGGUCGAUACUUUGGAACACAAUUACUCUCAUUUUAAUUGAGUUAGAAUGUUCACACUUGGCGUAGGUGUCUAUUAGGUGACUUCCUUGAUGGAGUUCGAAGAUGAGAAUUUUCUGCUUAGGGUAAGCAGAGAUAAGCAAUUUGAUUGGUUGAUGCUUUGGGCCACGAUAACUUUAGUUCUAAUUAAGUGAGAGUGAUGAAACUUGGUGUAUAUUUUCAUUAUAUCAUUACCUUGACUAAGUUCGAUGGUGAGAAUUUUCUGCUUAGGCUAAGGAGCGAUAAACAAUUUGAUUGGUCAAGACUUUGGAACAUAACAACUCUGCUUUUAAUUGAGGUAGAAUGUUUAAACUUGAUGUAGAUGUUCAUUAGGUGAAUGUCUUGACUGAGUUCAAUGAUUAACAUAUCGAGCUGAAGCUAAGCAGUGCUAAUCAAUUUCAUUGAUCGAUGCUUUGGGACAAGAUAAUCUUGAUUCUAUUUGAUAGAGAGUGAUGAAACUUAGUGUAUAGUUUGAUUGCUCGAUACUUUUGAAAAAAAUAAAUGUGCGAUUAAUUAAUAUGUGUCAUCUGUUUAUUUUGGGAUUUGGGCAGGGACAUCAGCCUCACUGUUGGCUUGUUUAAAAUUGCUAUACCUCUUUGAUUUUGGACAAGAAUAAAAUUGUCGAUUUCAA